AUGACAUCGCCAACGCCAACAUUACAACCAAAGGCUAAACCUUCAACUUUACUCUCUCUUGCUGCAGGUAUACCACUUAGUGCUCCUUCUUCAAUACCUACAAGAACAACGUCACCAACCAAAACAUCAACAAAAAUAAAGCUUCAGCUCAAGAACAAGCACCCUGCCUUACGUGCCCCUUCUGAAGGUACACCAGUUGGUGCUUCUUCUUCAGCGCCUACAGAAGCAAUGUCACCAACCAAGAAAUCAACCAAAAUAAAGCUUCAGCUCAAGAACAAGCACCCUGCCUUGCCUGCCCCUUCUGAAGGUGUACCACUUAGUGCUCCUUCUUCAAUGCCUACAGGAACAAUGUCACCGACCAAGAGACCGACGGAGAUAGAGAACCUGCUCAAGAAGACUGCCUCUCGCACCCCUCUUACAUGGCCACCAGAAACCCCGCGUGUGUAUGAUCGUGAUUUUUAUAGACCUAAUAGAAGAACACAAACAGAGACACCAUUCGAACCAGAGCUUCAGGGCCACGAGAACGAGUCUGCUGCCGUAACAUCUUCUAAUGAAUAUGCAACUGACGACAAUUCUUCUCCCUCUACGUUGGCUCAUACAGACGGAAUGCCAAUAGAAGCGCCAUCAUUGGAAGAUAUCUCGGAGCUGCUUCUCCCCUCCAAUCUUGCUACACUUUCGAUUACGACACAAGCUGCAUUGCUCGGUCCUUGGUUGAGGCCCACCUCUUCUUCGACCAAUACAGAAAAAACGACACCAACAAAGCCCUCGAAGAUAGUAAUCUUGAAGCUUUCCCCCGCAAAGCUUGCUACCCUUUCCACUUCUACACAAGCUGCAUGGACCGCUCCUUCUUUGGAGCCCACCUCUUCCUCCUCGAACCUUGCCUCCUCUACAAUCGCGGCACCUCAUCUGCCCAUCGCCGCCACCUCUUCCUGUACUUAUUCAAGUAGGGGACGAUUGAUACACAAAACGUACAAGACAGGACGGGGGGGUACCAGAAACAAUGCAGUCGCACAAAACGCAGUCGCACAAAACGCAGUCGCACAGAAUGCAGUCGCACAAAACGCAGGGCAAAAGCGAAAGGCUACUAAUAAAGCUGCUACCUCCUCGAAGAAGCGAGUUAAGUUUGCCGAAAACCAAGAGUCCGCAGAGGCCACUCAGUCACGCAAUGGUACAGUGGCUCGACGAAUGCGUAUCAAGAUUGGCACACGCUUUCCACCUCUCAGAACCAAGGCUCGAGCAAAAGUAGUACUUGAAGCAUCGAGAGAAGCUCGACAACGGGCUCAUUUAUUAGCAUGGCAGGAAGAGGCAGAAGCAAGAAACCGUCGCGCAAGAGCAAAAAUGGGGAAUCUUCUCCGGGACUGGGAAGCUCUCGAGAAACAGAGAGAUCGCGAGACCGAACAAGCAAACACGGGAGCUCUCUAG